ACAGUGAGUAAUUUGUGAGUGCAGACAGCAAGCAUGUCCGAAUACAACCGAGGCAGGGAACUAGAAGCAUUUGAUGAGACGAAAAGCGGCGUGAAGGGGCUUGUGGACGCUGGAAUCGCAAAGAUUCCUCGUAUUUUUGUCCACGAAGACUACAUACAGGAUGACAAGACGCUCUGCGAUCUAAGCGUUCCGGAGAUUGACUUGGGAUUGUUGAGCGAUGAUCGUGGUGAGAUCAUCAAUGAAGUUAGAGCCGCCUGUGAAGAAUGGGGAGUUUUCAAGAUUGUAAAUCAUGGAAUCUCAACGAGUUCGAUGGGCAAAGCGAUGGAGGCAGUGAAGGAGUUCCACGAGCAGGACACGGAGGUAAAGAAGCAGUACUACACGCGGGAUAACGCGAAGAAUGUGGUCUACAACUGUAACUUUGAUCUCCAUAUAAAUGCCGCUACUAACUGGAGAGACAAUCUCUAUUUGAUCAUGGCUCCCGACCCUCCUACUGCUCAGGAGCUGCCUCAAAUAUUCAGAGAUCCGAUGAUGGAAUUCUCGGACCAAGCUAAGAAUGUGGGAAUCAUUCUGUUUGAGUUGCUGUCUGAAGCUCUUGGACUAAAGAGGAGUCAUCUGAUAGAGAUGGAUUGCGCCAAGGGAGAGUUUCUUGCUUGCAAUUACUAUCCAGCUUGUCCAGAGCCCCACAUGACAUUGGGAUUCGAGAGUCACACAGACAGUGGAUUUCUCACUCUUCUGUUGCAGGACGAAAUCGGAGGACUGCAGGUCCUGCACAAGGAUCACUGGGUUGAUGUGCCCCCUUCUCCCGGAAGUCUUGUUGUGAUCACCGGAGAUAUGAUGGAGGUAAUCAAGUUGUUGAUCACAAAUGCUAGGUUUAAGAGUACCUACCAUAGAGUUUUGGCGAAGAAUUUGGGCCCCAGAAUCUCACUGGCGUUCGUGUUCAGGAUGCAUCUCGAAGAAAGUGGGAGCUCCAGGCUUUAUGGGCCGAUCAAGGAGCUCUUGUCUGAACUUAAUCCACCCAUUUAUAGGGAAGCCAAGGGAGAAGAGAUUGUUGCGUGUCGAUAUGCAAAAGGAAUAGAGAAGAAGACUCCACUACUGUGGUAUUUCAAGCUCAGGACACCGCUGCCAUGAUCAGAACAUUGCAUGCUAAGAUGAUCUUUUGAAUCAUCAUCAUCAUCAUCAUAUACAAUUUGUGAUGCUAUUUCCUUUCCGUCUAGAUCCAAUAAAAUGUUUUUCUUUUCA